CGUAGGCGAGCCAGACGAGCUCCGUUACGGACGUAACGGUGAAGCGGUCGCAGCUCACGGGACUCUCGGCAGUCUUCGCGUCGAAGAUCGCUGCUGUCACUGUCGUCGCUGUCAUCGUCCUCGUCACCUCGUUCCCGUCACCGUUGGCCGUCUUCGUCGCCGCGGUAGUCGCGCUCGUAGUGGUAGCCGUCAUCGCGAGCCCCUCGCACACCGAAAACGCCUGUGAUCAUGAAAAAUGUGAGAGUGCGUGAAAUCGGCUAGCGGAAGAGUACGGAGGCACACGACGUGUAAAAAUGACGAGCCAAUGCAUCUUUUCUUCUUGAAUCACUCCAUCGCAACGUCGACGAACGUGAGGGAACGACGAGCGGCGUCGAUGAAGCGGUAUCACCACGAGAGCAUCGUCCGCCACGUUGCAUUUGCUUCUAAGAAGUUCCUCUUCCGGGGGAGAAUUCCCGGCGGCGGAAAUCGCGCGGUGUAAUCCUCCUUCGUCGUGGUCCAUCCGAGAGCGGCGCUUACGGCACACGGGAAGCAAUCUCGACUACGCUUUCCGGGGGGGGGGGAACCGAAGUACACUCAGGGACUUCGUUACCUCUUCCGGUCUAUAUUUUCCAAAAUCAGACUCGUCGGGAAUGACGAAUUUCUCGCGGGCACGCGGAAUGUCGUCGGCGAGACCGAUGGUGCGUAAAAUCGCGAAGUGAUAGGGACGCGGACGAUCGGUAUCCGGGAAGUCGCGAGGUCGUGCCGUAUGCAUUGAUCAGCCGGGGAUCGUUGAAGCGAAGUCAAGGACACGGGUAAUAUCGUCCGCGGAUAUAUAUACGUGUGUGGGGGAGGGGAGAACUCGUGAUCCCCCGUCAGGACUUACUCGAGGACUUGCGCGUUACACGCAACAGAAUUCAAAGUGCGGUGUCCCGGUCUCAGUGAGAUGGCCUUCAUGAUGAAGAAGAAAAAGUACAAAUUCUCGGUAGAGGUCGACCUCGAGGAGCUCACGGCGGUGCCAUUCGUCAGUGCUGUCCUUUUCGCCAAGUUGAGACUCCUAGACGGUGGUUCCUUCGUCGAUCAUUCCACCAGAGAGGAAGUGCAAGAACACACGGUGAGAUGGAAUGCGAAGUUCGAAUUUUUAUGCAAGAUGAGCGCCAACGCCUCCACGGGCGUGCUCGAUCCGUGCAUUUUAAGGAUAUCCGUGAGAAAGGAACUGAAAGGAGGCAGGUCCUUCCAAAAACUGGGCUUUACUGAUCUAAACCUGGCCGAAUUCGCAGGAGCUGGCCUCUGCCGAAGGAGAUGCCUCCUGGAGGGUUACGAUGCUCGGCAUCGUCAGGAUAAUUCUAUGCUGCGCGUAGCUAUCAAAAUGAACAUGCUCUCCGGAGAUAUUCUAUUUAAAGUCCCUUCCCCGUCGUUGAAGCAGACGCAGCUGGCAGUGCCUGGGGUGCAAGGUGUACCUGGUGUUACCGGUGACGAGGUGACGGCAUCCGAGAGAUGUACUAAUCGAGAGGAUUACGUGUCUACCGGUUCGUUGGCGGGAAGUAUAGCAAGUGCCAGCAGUGGUUUCGGUAGUCUUCCCAAGAAGAGGCCCGCACUCUUCACUUCCGAACUUCUCAGCGGAACGGAAACGUACGAUCCGAUGACUCUCAGCGAGAUCGUACCCUCGGCCAUUCCGGUAGAGGCUCUGAUAGAAGCGCACACGGAAUCCGGGCACUCCCGCAACAGCAGUAACACCAGUCAACUUAGCAAAGGGUCCGGCUACGGUUCCUUAAAUUCACAUAGCCAGCAUAGCAGGCAAAGCAGUAGCGGCGAUAGCGGUCACAUUAGCCUCAAGCGAUCCCUUCAUUCUCAAUUUUUCGACCGUAACUACGACACUCUGGACUCUCUAUCUUUUUUUUACUUUACGUCACCUUCUUGGCCGGUAUGGGCACCACGAAUCCCCAACUCCUCUCAGAAUCCGUCCACACAACCGAUCGCCUGUCGACCUGACGUCUGUAUCGAAUCCCUGUCAUCACACCCGUCCUCUCUGUCGCACAUGGCCUCCAGAGCUCGGUUCUGGUCGGCAUCGAGCCCUCUCUCCUCGCGUAUCGGUCCAACAGAUAUGGAAGGCCCAAUGGCGACCGACGUUAUCAUGAAGAACGUUUAUUCGGUCGGAAAGCAACAGCCGCCGCUUUGCGGGAUCAGAAACGGCUUCUUGAACGACAACAAUUCACGCGAUUGUCGCAAUGAUGAUGCAGACGCUCGAAUGGCAUCCGGUAUCUUCAGGGUGCCAGACGUACCGCGACAUUCACGCAAGAAUUACGAGAGGAACAGUUUCGAGGCGCGUAACGAACGUAACGCGAUGAUGAGCUCAAUUGCCAAAGAAAGUAACGGGCAUCAUCAGGGUAUCAUCUUCCCGGUCGCGAAAGCCAGAAUCAGUGCCGCGGGUUGGCGCGGCAUGUCGAAAACCUGCGACUGCAUCGAAAAGGGCAAAACAAGCCCGGUAUUGCGAUUGGUCGAUCAGGCCAGAGCCGUGUCCUCUCCCGAUCCUCUCCAUAGGCCCGACAAUCAAAGAGCCCCGCUACGUCCCGCGACGACAGCUCAGACCCUCAGGGGUAUUGGCGGAGGUCACCGGAAGUUGCUGGACGGGGCGGGGGGCAAGCUGGCCACGGUCGCCACCAGUCCAGCGGACUCCGAGGAGUCCUCGUUAGGGAUACUGGAAGUCGCGCCACCGAGCUCGCAGCAUCGAAACAGCAUUACCCCACCAAAUCCUUCCGGCGGUUCAGGUCUCAGUGAAACUGGAUCCCUGGAUCGUGCUAAGGCCGCGCUGGAGCGUAGGAAAAAGGCGGAGGACAGCACUGGUAAUCCUAUCCUCUGUAGAGUUGAAGUCACCAGGCCAAAUCCUGAUUCUCUUAUCGACGAACUGCUUAAAGCAACGAAUUUGGAGCAGACGGAUCUUGAAAGUUCCGAGACAACUGGUCUUCAACUUUUUAUCGCGAAAGAUGGCACGACCGCGCUUGGCAGCCACGAGGUAAAGAGUCAAAUGCCCGCCGGUGUGUUCAAACAGGUGGUAAUGGAAGAGAACAACAGGUAACACGAAGCCAUCACCACGAGACGACAGUAUACAAGACAGGCCAGCGCCACGUUCUCGUUGGCUCUGGUGCCAGAACUCGUCUACGAGGCCUACGAGCCGCGGUAGUCACAAGAGAGACGACGACAACGAUGAACGAGGGAAUCGACGUCGAGUCGGAAAGAGCCAGCCAAACGCGACACAAAGUCGCGCCAUCCUUGCUAGAUUGUUUUAGAUUGCUGCUCUCCUCCAAGAAUAAAGAAACGCGCCCUCGAUGAUUUCGAGAGUCAAGUUGACAUCCAUCGAAGCAAAAACGCAAAUGGGAUGCUCGAGACGAUUACUUUGUGUAAAAUCCAUUGUACUGAUUCGCGGGACCGAGGCUAAUGUUGAUCAUUUCAUUAAGUGUGCAUUCCAUAAAAUGUGAAUAAUUGUCGCGAGAUUGUUAUAUAUAUAUAUAUGUCUAAACACUCGUUUGAUCGAGACAACGAUCAUACGAGCAGAUUUUGCAUUCUCCAAAAUCCCGUGCAACGAACGAAAUCUACAUACAAUACAUUGCUGUUCACGUAGUCGCUCAUCGGAUUGCAUCACAAUACAAGAGAUGUCAAACGAAUACACAUAUGUUUUCGAAACUAAUUCAAAAAAACAAAUAUACAUUUUCUUCCUGGCAAGCGAAGCAAUGAUCCUUGUCAAUCCUUGUAUUUCGCUUGAAAGAAGCGUUAGUCAAUAAAGUUUAACUGAGUUUAAGGGAAUACAGAAUGUAAUAAAGGAAUAUAGUUACAGAAAAAUAAUGAUAAGCGUAACGCGGUCAAGGUCCGACGAAACUUUGCAAUGGGAAGUAACAUCGAGCAAAAACUUAAGCGCCAACUUUAUUUAUCUAUAGCAAUACGACGACGAUACCUUGUAACGUGGACAUAUACUGUAAAGGGGUCAGCGUUGAAAGAAAUAUCAAAUUGAGACGUUAUAUAUUGUGAUUAUAUCCUUGUAUGAAAGUAUUCUUGACAGCAUUUCUGACAAUAUUAGCCGGACGAAAGAAUGUUUUCUCAAGAUGAUUCCUAAGGCAUCUUGGGAAAUUACAUUCUGUCGAUAUAUCGCUUUUGGAUUAUAAUUUUUAUUAUUUCUGUAUAUUAACAAAUUUAUUUUUGCUUUAUAAUGUAGCAUAUAUUUUUUUUUACUGUUCCUGAUUAUUUUCUGUUGCGCUUUUUCAUCGUCUACGAAAUCCUUACACAUAAUUAAUAUAAAAACGUGUUUAAAUAAAUAACAAGCUAGAGGCGAAAUCAGCUGAAAUAAACGAAUUGGUCAGUUAGAAAGAACAAUGUAAGUUUACAAUUUUCCAAAUAUUGCAAUAUGUGUUUUGUGAAACUAAAUAUAGAUUUAUAAUUUAUAUAAAUAUUAUAUUGUUUUCGAAUAACGUUGCUUUGAAAGCGGCAGUUUUGAUACUUCCUGAAUGAUAUUCCGAUUCUAGAACUGUAAUACUUUUAAACUAGCCGAUUCUUUUAAAUUUAUGGGAAUAAAACUUGAAGAUAUUUUUCUGAUAUAAAUGUUUCAUGACUGAAUAUACAUAUGUAGUUCGUAUUAUUUUAUAUUGUCAAGCUCGGCGAAGAUGGAGCUCCGUUUCGUCGAAUCUUUUCCAAAGGCCCGGUGAAACUUGGCGCGACCGGCUAUCCGGUAUAGUUAUCUGUGUAUAUAGUUGUAGUAAUUGUUACGUAGCUAGAUCGCUGGUGUUGUAUACACAUUCUCUUCGUACUCGAAUAAUCUGUAAUUGCUAGUGUACAUUGUGCUGAUGUAUCAAAAAGACAAUGCGAAUGCGCGUGUGUAACGAUCGUUCGUGUAUGUGUGUCUUGUGCGUAUUUGUAUGUUCCUUCUCGAAGGUUCUUCGUAGAUGCCUGCCAGAUGGAAGAAAAAGUCGUUAAUAUGUGUGCUUGGGUAUGUCUGAAUCGUCGCAAAGGAUAGUAAGUACUUCCAGUCCGUGAGGUCCGUUUCGAGAAUUAGUCUGAACGUUUCGGUCCUCACGGCUCGUUGCAAAAAAAUAAAAUAACAGAGUAUAAAGUCGAUAAAAUCGUAAGCACAAAUGCUUCUUCAGAGCGCUCUCCGAAGCAAUUCGCCGCGAUUUGAUUUGUCGUACCGAUCUUGAACACGUUCGCGAGCGACCUUUCCUCUCUCAGAGUUUCCAAGGUGUUUCCCAUCGGGUUCCGCUUUCAAGCUUGAGUUCGUUAAUUACGUUAAAAACCGGAAAGACUGUAGAAAAGAUGAUAAUCGCCGACGCUCCGAUGGCACAUCCGACCGUAAAUCGCAGAUUUGAUGAUAAGCAGCCGCGGUGCUGUAUGUUUUUUCUUAUAAAUAAUUCGAUACGUUCCUUCCGCUCUUGCGUUUUUCUCUUCAUUUUUACGUACGUGUGUUUUUUCUUCUAAAUCGUAUACGAGGUAUAUGACGUUCGAUAUCUUUCUCGAUUUUGGAUACGACCAUAAUUGUAUUGAGUCACUCGAAUCGCGAAAAUAACUUUCGGCUUAACUCUCAAUCACUAUGACGAAGUCAAAUGUAUUUCCAUGUCGCGUUAAUUUGCAAAACAAUAGAAAAAUUAUUUAAUAUGUAUGCAAAAAUUUUUCUCUUAGUACUUUCCAAAUUUUAAUUUAUUAUGUUGAUUUAUACAUUUUACAUUUAUAUAUAGGGUGUAUAUACGUGUUGCCUUUUAUACCUUUUUAUUUGUUAUGAAAAUAAAUAAUAAAACUAUGUGUGUUUGAAUAUAAUUAAUUUUAAUGUUUAAAGUAAGAAAUAGUGUGCCAUUUAUUAUUAAAAUAAAUCCGAAUCCAUACAAUAAUAAGUAUUAUUUAUCUUUAAUCAUAGCGGUUGUGAGUUAAAACGCAAGUCGAUCUGCAAGUUUUCCCGUGGACAUAUUUUUUUUUAUACGAUGUGUCACGCAUGUGGUUCUUUUUUUAAUAAAGUACGUGCGAUAAUCAGGAGAGACGAUUUCUCCGGAGCGUGUCGUAUUCGCCGAUUGACCGUUAGUUAAUUAUUAUUGAACGGAAUUUCUCGCGAAGAAGGAUUCUAUGAGCGAGUAUCCCUUCUGGCUGAGACACCAAUGAUUCCUCCUUUUUUUUUUUAUAUAUUGCGUCAAGAAGACUUGUGUGCAAAAAGUCGAAUUUCGCUCUUUCGUCGAGAGCUCCUCGCAAGAAAUCCACGGUCAUAGACCGUUUCAUUCGCUCGGCAGACAUUAAUGUUGUGAUAUUUUACGAUACCGUAAUAAAAUAAAUAUUGUUAUUACCUGUAUUAUUAUCAUCGAGAUAUAUUGUAAACGAAAAUACUUUACUUUUAUUUCGAGGGCGGCCGCCGCCCGUGUAUCGAGCGCCAGGCCUGUCUUCCUUAAUUCGCAAUUGUUGCACAUUUUGCGUCUGAUGAUUAUUUUGUGAGAUGAAUACAAAAUUUCCAUGUGCUGAUAAUAACAUUCUGAAAAACCA